GCCAACGGCAGCUCACCCAAUGACCUGCGCCCGCGCCACGCUCCAAAUCUCUGUCCUUCGGCGCCGGUCUGCCUGCUUCUUCGACCCCAAUCAGUUUCGCAACACUUGCACCGUUGCCUGUUUUUUUCCUCCUUCCCGCUCUCCUCACUAACCGCCGAUUCUCUCAGCCUGUGUGCAAGAGAUUUCUUCUUCUUUCCUUCUUUCUUCCUCUCCUGCACCAUCACAGUCUUGUCAUCGGCUGUCGCCAGCCAUUGCCCGCCAUGAAGAUUACGUUCAGAGAUCUCAAGCAACAAAAGUUCACUCUCGAAGUCGAGCCGUCCGAGCUGAUUUCGGCGGUUAAGCAGAAGAUUUCAGAUGAAAAGGGCUGGGAUCCCAAGCUCCAGAAGCUCAUUUACUCUGGCAAAAUCCUCAAGGAUGAGGAGACCGUCGAAUCAUACAAGAUUGAGGAGUCCGGCUUCGUUGUGUGCAUGGUAAACAAGCCUAAGCCCGCGCCGGCUGCUCAACCUGCUGCCGCCGUCCCAGCUACUCCCGCCCAGCCUGUUGCCAGCACUCCCGCUGCUCCUCCCGCACCUGCGCCUUCUACUACGAACACACAGGCUGCUGCUCCUCCUGCUACGCCUACACCGAACCGCGCUGCCGACACCCCAACUGGUGGUGCUCCCACCGGCCUUGCCAUGGGCGCCGAGCGAACGGAAGCCAUCCAGAACAUGGAGGCCAUGGGCUUUGAGAGAAGCCAGAUCGAGGCAGCCAUGCGUGCCGCUUUCAACAACCCUGAUCGUGCUGUUGAGUACUUGCUUACCGGAAUCCCAGAGAAUGUUCAGCAAGAACGUCAACAAGCUGCCCCUGCUGCUGCCCCUGCAACCUCGACGGAAGACACCUCCACAGUUCCUGGUGCCGACGAUGUAAACCUUUUCGAUCUCGCUGCCGCUCAGCGUGGUGGAAGCGGCCGCAGUGCCAGCUCUGGCGGUGCUGCCGCGGCCGGUGCUGCAGGCGACCUUGGAAACCUGGACUUUUUGCGCACAAACCCUCAGUUCCAACAGCUUCGCCAGGUUGUUCAGCAGCAACCCCAAAUGCUGGAGCCUAUUCUUCAGCAGCUUGGAGCUGGAAACCCCCAGCUGGCCCAGCUCAUUGCUUCCAACCCCGAUGCCUUUUUGAGCCUGCUUGGUGAGGAUGCCGAAGACGAUGUGCCUCUGCCUCCUGGUGCCCAGGCCAUCUCAGUGACUGAAGAAGAGCGUGAUGCUAUCGAGAGAUUAUGUCGUCUCGGAUUCGAUCGCGACCAAGCUAUCCAAGCUUACUUUGCUUGUGACAAGAACGAAGAACUCGCUGCCAACUUUCUCUUCGACCAGCCUGAGGAUGACGAGCAGCCCGAAAACUAGAGCCUACACAACGAAAUACGAGGAGUAUAAGGCACAGGGAGAAUGGGAGAACAAUGGAACUCAUAUUUCUAUUUAACGAUUACGAAAUAAUUACUUGCUCAAAAUGAUUGCGAAUGCCGUCGUGAGACUCUGCGCUUUCGUAGUAGUAUGUUACAGGCAAAUGAGUCUGGAUAUAAAACAGCAAAUAGUAAACAUGUUCAUUAAGCUACCGUAAACGUGGGUAUCAUUCCAAUUCGUGGUUGCGCCGCCGUUCCCUUCCAUGUUAUGAAGCUCGCUUUGUUUCUAGCCCGGCCGUUAUGUGAUGGGCUCGCCGUUGAGACCAUAUUGUACACCUUGCUUGCCCUUCUUCUUACCACCCUUCUUCUUGCCCUUCUCGUCCUCAUCUGCAAACAACUCCUCGCGCCGUUUGCGCAUAAUCUCAGCCUGUUCGUCCACGACACGUUGCUGCUCAGCUUCAUAGCUCUCCUGGACUUUGCGUUGCUCAGCCUCAAUUGCUUCAACAGCUUCAAAUUCAGACCCAGUAGCCGCUUGAUAUUCAUCAAUGUCGAUCUUGACUGUCUUUUCGCCAACGAGAGCCGCCGUGAUGCGUUGCGGGUUAUGUCGUUCUUCGCGGUUGAACUUGAGCUUCACAUGGCGUCGCUGCUUGCCUGGGAUCAUUUGUGAGAUCAUUUCGAAGUCUGUGCCCAGCAUGCGCAAGCCCUUGUAGAACAUUUCUGUUUCUUGGUCUGUCCAAAUAUUAGGACCGCGCAACUUGGAGGUGUUCAUGAACGAGCUGCUCGUUAUCAGUCGGGUAAAGUCGUUUUCUUCAAUUGUCUCCAUGUCUUCUCCGGCCUGUGCAGCUGCAGCUCGCGCGUGUCUAUCCAUGACCAGGGAGCUUUGGUCGACCACAAUCUGACCGUCGACAAUGCGGAACUGUGGGCCAGAGGGAGGUGCAACUGUCGUCCCUGCCGUUGAGGUAGGUGUGCUCGCACCGAGUUUUCUUUCGUUGAGAGGAGUGCUUGACCGGCUCAUGCCAUCGCCCAAUUCACUCUUUUCCAGCUUGGCUCGGAUGCGGGCCUGACGCUCUCUCUCGCGUAGCUCGUCGUGUCUACUAAAUUUCUUUCCAAUGUGUAAGUCUUUCGUCAAGUCGGACAUCUUCAGCUUUUGUAAAUCCACAACUUGGGCUUCUGAGUCCUCCGGUGUUAUAGAGCGAGCCCGGCGCGGGGCUCGAGGUUUUGAAGUAUCGCCAAUCGUUGCUAUUGAACCUCGUUUCUUGCGUUCAGUCGUAGCAGGAAUUUCGGCUCUCGCAGCAUCGGCGUUUGACUUGGUCCGCUUCGCUGGUCGGCCGGCAGAGACUGUGUCUUGUGCUUCAACAGACUCGACAGCAACCGAGGACCGUCUCCGUAUUCUUGCUUGUGUUGGCGGGGGUGUUGCCAGGCCUGCUGCCGACGGCGCUGUAACAGAGGCAGCUUCAGUUUGAGCCUCCGCAGUGAUGGACUGCUGACGAGUUCUUCGGGUCUGUCUCUUAGGAGCUGCUUCAACAGGCUUUUCUGGCACUUCUGGUUCUAUCACCGGGGUAUCAAGUGUUGGUAUCGUAGCUAAACUGGCACGACGGCCACUAGUUUGACUUGAGUUGGAAGCUACACUUGAGCGUCGCCGGCUUCGUGUUAACGGUACGUCUUCACUUGGAAGAUCUUGUUCAAGGGAAGGUGCCUCUGUAUGUGUUGUAGUCAGUUUAUCGUUUGUCGUAAUAAUAGGAGAUUCGUCCACCGGGACUUCUUCGAUCUGUUUUGUUGUACUUGUAGUACCGCGCGACCGGGCAGAGGGGAUCUUGGGCUUAAAGGCAAGACCACCCUUCUUUUUAAACAUGGAACUCAUGAUUUCCAACAGUAGCAAGGAGAUUAAUCAAUAAAAAAUAGCAAAGCAAUAACCCUACAUAUCUCGGUGAAGUCUUGCAGGAUCACAGCGCGCGUGUUGACGAAUGGC